UUGUUUUCAUUUUCAUUGCAUGUUCCUCUGUACCCAUCUCAAGGAAAUUAUAAUCACAAUUAUUGUGUUUAAACGUGUACAUUAACCAUUAUAUACAGAAUCCCGAGAGCAGCAGCGGGAGGGCUGAAGACCCGGAGAAGGAGGACUUCCUGGUCUGGGACGACAUGAGCUCACAUCACGUAUGCAACGUUGAUUGUUGAGCGGUUUAGGGGUUUAACAAACAUGAGCUUCGUGUGAAUGACACAUCGCCAUCAAGUCAAUUCUGUCACUCUGAGUGAUGAAAAAGAGAAGUCACACCUGCCUCCUCGCGACCACCAUGGCCUCCAUCCUCCUGCUUAUGAUGGUGCUGUACGGCUCCAUCAGCAGCCAUCAGCACCAAGAGAGCACCCCUUUCAGACACGACUACCAGCUACUGGGGAGACCUCUGUUCAAACUGGACAUAUCGUGGCCCAAGUACCCGGAGCUUUUCAGAGGUGCUGUGUUUGCAGUGGCUGUGAACCACUACGGAGAGGUGGUCUAUGUGGCACAGAGAGGUGAUGCUGUACCCAAGGUAUUGGUCUUCACGACCAGUGGAGACUUCCUGAUGGCCUGGAACACCAGUACCUUGGAGAUGCCUCACGGGAUAUUUCUAGCAGACCCGGAGUCAUCUAACCCCACCAUUUGGAUCACAGACGUGGGGAAUGGCCCAUAUGGCCACUGCGUCAAACAGUACUCCCCCUCCGGGAACCUCCUUCAGGUGCUUGGGACCCCGGGCACGGCCGGCUCCAGGCUCAGCCCCCUGCAGUUCGACCAGCCGGCUGAGGUGUUCGUCCACGGCUCCGGGGAGAUCUACCUGGUGGACGGGGACGGCGGGGCCAACAACCGGCUGAUCAAGCUGUCCAAGGACCUGGAGGUGCUGUGGGUCCACGGGGAGCGGGGCCCGGGCCUGGCCCAGUUCUACAUCCCCCACAGCGUCACGGUGGACGGCUACCAGCGGGUCUGGGUGGCCGACCGCGGCAACAAGAGGAUCCAGGUGUUCGACGCGGUCACGGGGGACUGGCUGGCCACCUGGGGCAGCUGCUUCCCCGAGGACGCGCCCUACUCCGUCCGGCUCACCCCCGACAAGAAGUACAUGGUGGUCGUACAGCUCAACGUCAACCGGGUCUCUCUGCUGGAGGCCCCGCCCGUGGGCGUGGUCGGCCAGUGCAAGGUGGUGGGCAUGAUUCGGUUACCAGAUGAUGUCAAGCCCCACCUGGUGGACGUGGACCAGAAGACGGGCGCUCUGUACGUGUCGGAGAUAGGGGCGGGGCAAGCCCAGAAGUAUGUCCCUAUUCACCAGGAUGGGGGCGCCUUCUACUGAGAAGGUACGACCUCACCUCCCCCCUUGGGCUGCUCUCACCAACCCUGGAGAACGGGAGGCUGUGAAUGGGGCAGAGUGACGACUGGCCGCAUUCACAUGCAAACUCCCAGUUGCAUGUUACAGAUAUUGCUUUGUCAAACUCUUCCUCCUCUUCCAGUUUCUUCCACGCUAACAGAGCUCCUCACACGGGUCAAGAGGAGGAAGAGGAACAUGGGAAUGCUUUUUAGUAGCAGGAAGCCCCAGAGCUGACCGGCUGCUGACUGUACCACAUUACUCUGAAUUUCCAGGUCUAGAUUACACCACUUGAUUUAAAAGCUUAAAGGAAAUUGCAUUACUACUGUAAUCCCCCUACCAUUCAUCACGCUUCUUGAAGUGUUUCACCUUUUGUCGACUUCUGUUGUAGAUUUAGCUAAACCCCAUUGUUCAGUGUGCUGCAUACUCGUUCUGGACUGGUACUGGAAUACAGUACUGCACUGCAGUACAAUACUGUGGGGGAGACAAACCUAAUGUAGUCUCACACGUAUAGUUUAAAGGUCCCAUGACGUGCCACCAUUGUGAGUGGGAUUAGCCUUACAAGCCGGUUAGAAUUCUGCCCCUCAUGACAUCACAAGUGGGCGUGUCCUCCCAGAUGUGUGCUGGAUAGAUCAGUCUACCAGCGAUAGAUGAGCAAACUUUGCUCAUUAGUUGUGACGGAUAGAUGAGCAAACUUGCUCAUCUAUCCGUCACACAUCUAGUCGGACACGCCCCCUUGUGAUGUCAUAAGGGGCAGAUUGUCAAAACGGCUUGUAAUGGCUAAUCACACUCACAAAUUGUGGCAUGUCAUCUGACCUUUAACUUGAUCUCAACAACAAAGUAAUUGAAGUAUAAAUAAAACCUCAAGGCAUGAAGUUGGGUAGCUAGUAGUAGAAUGGUUGUUUGAGCUUUAUCAUUUAAAUGCAAAUGUCUUUAUUAUGUUCGGAAAUAUAUUGCUUUUGGUUCAGGGUAUAUUAAUUUUCAUUGUAUUGUGUAUUGAGCAAACGUUUUCUUUCGCAAAAUAAUUUACGUUUCAUGUGGGUUUAUGCACUGAUAUAUUUGUUGGGCUUGUAAAAUGAGUCACUGCUUAAAGGGUUUGUUCAAAAUAGAUUUCCAAGCAUUUCUCCAGAUACUAAACAGGCUAGAUUAGUCCCAGGCUGGAUUAAACUGGGAGAAUGGUCUUUAUUCUUUGGCUCAUCAUUUGAACCAAAGUUAUUGGGAACAAAAGUGAUACAGGCAGAUUCAUGAAGAUUUAAUCAAAUCUGAUGCAGGGAAAUAGUCGAACAAUUACUCUGUUAGAUUCACCUUUUUGGCUAAAUGAGUAUUCUGUCUUUCCAUUGACCAGAUAUUGUAUUAUGUCAAGGACCCUCGUGUGUAGAAACUCUCCUACUCAUAUGCUUGUCUUUAUCAUUAGAAUUAUAAUUAUUAUGAUUAAUAAUAAUAAUAAUUAUUAUUAUUAUAUAGUCAAUAUAAGUUGUAUGUACAGAUUCAACUUCUCAACCUAGAAUGACAGACAAUGUGCAUGCAUGUGAGAACACACUCUGUCUCGUUGUCUAUGCUAGAUAGACAACUAAUAACUACAAUUCAUUUUGGAAACGAUCUGUAAAAGGGAUUCACGAAGGGACAAUGUAAUGGUUUUAAUUGUUUCAAUGACAGAAACAGCAAGUGAAUGAAUGAAGAGAGAAACGUCCUAUAAUAUCCUUGCCAACCUUGUAGAUGCUUUGCCUCAUGGCUCUAAAGAAGAACAUGUUAAUAUGUCAAUGGUCGUAUUCUAACAUAGUAGAAUCGGUAUAUAGCAGUGUGUGGGAUUGCACCCCUCAUACAGUCUAUACCUACAUUGUUUACCUGCUUAUGAAACGGGAUCCUUUCAAUGUGUAUGUCUUUCUCAGGUCAAACCCUGUUCGAUCUCACAACCCCUUUUGUUUAGGAAAAUGUACUGCAGUGUUUCACAACCAAAAUAAAUGUGGCACUUUAGCUCACCUCA